GUGUUGCCAAAAAGUUGUUACAACAAACAAUAGCACGUUAAAGCGGCUUCCACAAAGGUUUCCUGCGGCAACGCAUUGCGCACCUGCAAAGUGAGGCAGGUUGUGGCUGUUGCGCAUGCGCAGAUGAACAACCGCCAAAGCGCUGUGUGGCUGGCGUCGGUGCGUGGGUGCGCGCUGCUACUCACUUCAGCAAGCAAAUGGGCUGAAAUUAGCAUAUUACAAAAACACAAACAAAGUCAAAAUUUGGCGAUUAAAAUUUGCAAACUAAGCUGUUGUUGUUGGCUCGUUGAUGUUCGCGUCUGCAAAAAAGGGCAUUUUGCAAUAACUCCUCACCACCGAUUAUGGCCAGAACAGCUAGUUGGUUUAGCUCAGGGUUCGCUGCUUUGUUAGAAAAAUUACAUGGUGACUGUGUGGGUUUGUUUGGGAAAUCCUACGCGUAUGCGCAGUCGAAAAUUUUUAGAUAAGUUAGAGUGUUGCAGCGGGUGGGCGCUUAGUGCAAAUUGCAAACGAGACGCGAACACUUCGUGUGUUGAUACAAACACAUAAAAUAAAACAAAAAACGACCGAAGUGAUAAAAAAAACUAUUUCAAACUAGGCAGCAAGGAUACUAAGUGUGCAAAGGGACUAGCGAAUUUAAAGUGAAAUUUAAAAACGAAGUACAGAAAGAACUCGAAAGUCAAAAGGGACUCUUGAAAAAUGUCAGUGCAAAGUGUGUGUUGCUAAAAAUGUUCUUGUUACAACGGUUAAUAAUCGCGCUUGCGCUCGUAUUACUCGCGUUGGUGGUGCUAUGCGCCUGCGCGCCCCAAAGCUAUUACUCCUCAAACUCUUAUUCAACGGGCUCAACAUCACCAUAUCGCGCGAGUCCUUAUCGGCGCGCCGGCUAUUCUCCUUAUCGAGACUAUAAUCGCGAGUAUUAUGACGCGUUGCGACAACGACGCCUGCGCGCGCUAGCCGACAGCUAUAAAGGCAUUUACAAUAGCAUCAGCAGCAGCACCAGCAGCCGUGGCGACAGCGGCACAAGCAGCAAAACACAACGCUACUAUUCCGCCUCACGUUUGCCCAUCUCCGCGGCCGCCAUAAGCGCUAGCAACAACGACAGCAACGGCAGCACAAGCACCAGCCUUUACGCUAGCAACAGCAAUGAUCCGUAUAACAGUAAAUACAACAGAUACGACGCUUACGCAUCCGAUAGUAAGCGCGCUACGAAUAGCGCUUCCAGCGCAACAACAAAUAAGCAGCAAGAUGCAAGCGCCAACGGUAACAGUAAACCGCGCAUCAGCAAAGCUGAUGAGGAGAAUGCAAAAUUUGCUGGCAUUCGAAAUCAAGAAGCCGAUGAGGCGAACACAAAAACCUUGUCGCAUUUGAAGCGUAAGAAGCUACGUCGCUGCUUUCCGUUUGGUCGUGACGCACAGGGCGAUGAAGUGACACCGCCACCAGCGGAGCAAGGACGUUUACUUUGGGAUUUGAAUGUCUAUAAUAUUUAUAAUGGCGGUGGUUAUCCUCCGCCUAUAUAUGGUGACAGUGGUGGUUGCGGUGGACUUGGUGGCGGCUUGGGCGGCGUUGGUGGUUUGGCCAGCGCUUUUGCCGGUGCUGGUGGUUUUGGCGGCGGUGGUCUGCUCUCCGAUCCGAUUGCUGCCGCUUAUGCGCCACCCAAUAGAUUGAAUAAUUUGUUACAGCUUUUUGCUCCUGGCAUAUUGCAGAAUGCUUUAGCGGCGACAGCGCGUCCUUCCCUGCUCAGACCACAAGCCGAUGCCACCGCGAGUGAGGCUAACGAUUUGGCUAAUGAUCCGGAUAUUGACCCUGCCUACACACCUGUCGCAGCCAGACCACCGCCGGUGAGAAGACCUAACAGGGUUUACUAUGAUUCGGCGGGUGCGGCUCCCGUAACACCUGCCCAAUUGGUAGGCGGUGUAGCCACCACUGUAAACGGUAUUAUACAACAACUAACUGGCAAUGUUCAGCCGGUUUACCCUGGUUAUAGGUCGCUAAGUUAUGGAAAGUAAGAAACCUCCAAAUGCUCCCAAAUACGCAAAUGAAGUUACAUAUAU